CUGUAAAGUGCUUGUCCCCCGUGCAGUUCGUGGAAUUUUAGAGCGCUGCGUGAAAAAAGGAAAAAACGUUGGAAAAUCAAUUGUAUCAUUUAGAAACGCCAACAAAUUUAUUGUAAAACUAUUUAGCGAUCACUAAAGUGAAACGGAAACGGUGUCUGGAAUUUGAAAAAGAAAAAUAUGUAAUGAGAGAGAAAGAGAGAAAAUCAUAAAAUAAACAAAAACCAAAACAUAACAGAUUUAUAAAUAAAAAUGGAACAAAUGCAAGUCGAGGAACCCGAGAACCAAUUGCUGCAGCUGCUCAAACAACUGGAGGCAGUACCGAAGGAUCAAUUGCCCCAAACAUUGCUGACAUAUUUCAAACCCUGCAACAAGAGUUUGGAGAAUUUCGCUAUCUACUUUUUGGCUGCACUGCGUCAACAGACGGAGCAACAUUUCCGAACCAGUGGAAGCAAUGAAUCCGAGACUCCCAAAUGCCUGACGCCAGUGCGCAAGGCGACAAAUCGUCCCACGCCGGCGGAGUUGGCAUUGAACGAAUCGCAGCUAAGCAAUCUCAGCAUUGGCAGCGCAUCAACGCCAGUGCGUCAGUCCAACAAUCCGCCACAGCAGCAUCAAGGACGUCGCUCUGGCCAGCAUAGUCAGCAGUUUAGCAGCACGCCACAAAGCAGCGAAAGAUCUCAAGGAAAUCGUAGUGGAGGAGGAGCUGGUGGUGGCAGUUUUUGUCUGGGUGACUUCAUGUUGAAUGCCACACCACAUCAGCGUGCCAAGAAAAAGGUGACGCCACAAGCUACGGGAACAACAGCAGCAGCAACGUCUCAAGACAAAUCACAGAAGCCACGACGUCGUGUGCUGCCCAUGACCAUCAGCAAGAAUGUCUCCUCGUGCAGCUCGUUUGGCGACAGCUCCUUCAGCAAUGAGAACAACUUGUUGCGCCUCUCGCAGAGCUGUGAACUGGACCGCAGCCAAGGCGCCGCCCUUGAGCAGGAGGCGCGAAAAACACUGUUGUUACACAAGCAGGAAAUUAAAAGCGAGGCGCCUGUGGCAACCAGCCAACAGUUUGAACCCCCCGAAAGGGAACCAGAGAUGCCACCCAGUGUUGCCAUCGAUUUGGAUCAAGUGACCCAGCCACAACAGUUGCAGCUUUUGGCUGCCAUCUAUGGACAGUUGAUGGACCUGAAUCUAGUGCCAAAUGUGCUGAGUGAGCUUGGUUAUGCGAUGCAGUUGCUCAACAUACGCGGAACCAGCGAUGAAGUAGCAAGUCCCGAAGAAAUUUCGCCCCUUGCGUUACUAUCGCGUUACAAGGAAUGCAUUUACUUUGCGGUGCAGCUGCUGGAGCAGCAACAGCAACUGUUGCUCCAAUUGGAUCGUAAAUCGUUGACGGUGCUGUUGCAGCAUGAGCGUGUAUCGUUGCUGUCGCAGCAGCUGCAGCAGCAACUAGAGUCGAGUUGUCAGCGCAAACAGCAGCAAAGCAAGGCGAUUCCUCAAGACUCACAGCAGCAACAGAAUGUUUACUAUCAGCACGAUAAGGAUUCGCGUGACAAUUUCCCAACUCAAAAUGAGUUUUGCGCUUUCAAACGGCAGCGAGAUUUAUUCUAUGAGGCACUCAAACAUUGGGAGACAACGCAUCUCAAUCGAAUGUUCAGCUUCAGCUUGGAACUGGGCUCUAGUGUGCGUGAGAUCUUCAAGCAAUCGGAGCACGCUGUGAAUAUGUCGCAUUUCGCCAAACUCUUCGUCAGCCAGCUGCUUAUGUCUAGCGGCGAGACGCACGAAUCACCAGCAGAAUUAGGACUAAAGCUCGAUCAGCAGCGUCUCAAUCGUUUGGCACAACGUCUGGUCACCAGCAACUCAAGCGUUGAGGAUCAAUUUCCACGCACUCAAGCUUUCUUCCGAGAUUUUAUCAGCAACUGUGGAUCUAUAGCAUUUCUCGUGCAACUUCAGCUGGCGCUUUACGUUCAACUUUUGCGGCAUAAUGAUUCCAGUUUCGAGUUGUUGCCACUGCAGCCGGAUGACGAUGAGGCCGAGCAAGAGCAGGCAGCUCCCUAUGUGGUGCGACCUCAGGCCAUGGCUGAGCUGCUGAUGCUGGCCAAGUUCCUUGGUUAUGUUUAUGCCUUGCCUUACAACCGUGCCACAUCCAACUAUGCCUGCCCCCAACAGUUGCAGCUACGUCGUCAGUUCCAGCCACCGUUUGAGAUGCGUGUGCACCUAGAGCGUGCCAUGCAGCAGGGAAAGUUGUUGAUCACGCUACCUUGGUUGGUGCAGUAUCUGAUGAUGCUGGAUCUGGUCUCACUGCAGCUGCCGGCCAGUCUGGCCACACUGGAGCUACUCUAUGCGCUGUACAGCGAGGCAAGAGCAAAUCCUCAACAGCCGUUGCAGUCUUGUGCGCUGUUCAUCACACGCAGCUGUCUCGGUUGGUUGCUGGAAUCGCAGCCAACUCUAAGCAGCGGUUACUACAACCAGCGCACCUCGGGAAAGCGAAGUGAGGCCACUGCAGCGUUAGUCAAAGAUUGCCUGCGUAGUCUGUGCUUUGCUCAGGAUCAGGGCAAAGUCGCAGCUAUGCUGGAGGAACUGUUGCCGGUGGCGUGUCCAUUUCUGCACGACUUUCGGGUGGCCAUCACCCCAUCACAGCGUCAGGCGCAACGCAGUGGACGCUAUAGGUAUAUAACUACGCGAUUGGAGCAGUUGAGCAGCAGCAACAACAGCAGUGGAGUCAAAAGUCAGCCACAACUGCAGUCGGAGCAACAGGGCAACGAAUCUUCCUCCCAGGAGCUGCAAUCUCCUCAGCGCAAACUCAACGAAGCCUUUUUGCACUCACAGAACGCAUCGAUGCGUCGCCUGCUGGAAUUCGUCACCGAGCGCAGCUUCAAGUGUGUAGUCAAGGAUGCCCAGCAGCAGAUACUGCAGCCCGCCAAGUCGGCAGCCGAUGCGCUGGUCAAUGGCAUUAGUUCCACGCAGGAGGCGGAGGUACUACGUGAACUGCAGCGCAUUUAUCAGCAAGCCUGGACACAAGCCUGCCAGCAGUGGACGCAGCAGGUGCCUGGCAUGCUGGACAAGCGCAUAGAGCAAUCGUUAAAAGCGUUGCUUCCGGAGAAUACCAACGAAGUGUUGCGCUCGACGUAUGCACACUUGAUACGGCAACAGGCUCAGGCACAGUUGCAACAGUGGCUGCAGACGAGCGUGCGCCAGACGACGUUCUAUCAGCUGGAUCUACAGGAAGUGGCCAGCAAAGUGUGUCGCUCAAAUAAGAACAGCUCACAAUCAACAGCCACAACUGGAGCCACCUCCAAUGAGAUGAGUCUCAAUACUGCCGCUGUGGAGUUGCGUUUGUCGCAGCUGCUGCAGGAACUGCAACAGUGGAUUCACUGCCUCAGUCUGCGUCCGGAGCAUUUGCGUCACAUGUGCGAGCUGCCCGAGUUGAUGCAGCGCACGCGGCAAGCAGCACAGCUGCCACAAUUACCAACAUACUUUUACGAGUUACUCGGUUCGAUUGUUGUGCGUCUGCUGCAGUUGCUCAUCUGCCGACAGCCUUUACUCUGCACUCCAACUCUGAUCAGCGCUAGCUGUGAUGUGUGGCUAUCACCACAGCUGAUCGCCACAGCAACUGUUCCGGGUGAUGCUCCCGAGUGUCUCGAAGCGUUGCUCAGCGUACAAUUUAUGCAGGAGUUGAGUCUGCAUUUGCCAGGCUUUCAGUUGCUGCAACAGCUUUUGCAUGCCAUGUUGGAUGCAGGCGUGUUGCACAUGGAGCAGCUAAAUCAAUUGUUUAUGCCACUAUUUAAGGAGAACUGGACACCACCGGUGUGGAAUGCUUUGUCGCAGCUGCUGCAGCAAGUUUCACAGAAUCGGGGCGAAGGCGACACAAGUCGCGUUGACGACGAUGGCAAAUCGCAUUUGUUUAUGGAAGUGCUUGCGGAUUUGUCGCGAGAUUUAGAUAGUUUUUAAGCUCAACAAAAGUUCAAUUAUGUCAUUCGUUCAUUUUAUCAUACCACAUACAUAAAUACAAAAUGAAUUUGCUGUGAAUAAACCUCUAUUUUUGCACUACAAGAA